GUAUCCAUAAAUAUUCAUUGAAAAUCCUCCACUUCCUUGGUCAUUUCUUUUUUUUUCCUUCGUCUGUGGAUUUGCAAUCGGGAUCGUGAUCGAGGAUGGCGUCUCACCGGCCGUUCCCUCCGCCGUCGUCGUACCCUCCUCCUCCUGCGCCGCCGCCGUCGGCUCCUCCCCCGUUGGUUCCCCCUCCGCCGCAUCAACCCUACUCUUAUCCUCCUCCGCCGCAUUCUUACUACCCUCACUACCCUCAAUUCAACCACAACCAGGCACCUCCUCCACCGCCUCCGCCUCCGUCAGCUCCUCCUCCUCCUCCACCGCCUUCUCCUCCUCCGCCUCCUCCGUCUGCUCCCCCUCCGCCGGUCCCCGAUCCUCCUCCGCCUCCUCCUCAAAGCCAUGAGAACAGGCGCAGGCCUCCUCCUGUUGCACAGAGUAAGAAACCCCGAGUCGAGACAGAGGAAGAGAGGAGGCUUAGGAAGAAGAGAGAGUUGGAGAAGCAAAAGCAUCAGCAUCAGCAGCAGCAGCAGCAGCAGAUGAAGAUCUCGGAGAGGAAGCCUACGCCUCUGUUGACUGGCGAAAGGGUCGAGAAUAGGCUGAAGAAACCCACCACCUUCAUCUGCAAGCUCAAGUUCCGGAAUGAGCUCCCUGACCCAACUGCGCAGCUAAAGCUAAUGACCAUGAAGAGAGAUAAAGAUCAGUAUACGAAAUAUACCAUCACAUCGCUAGAGAAGCUGUGGAAGCCACAAAUCUUUGCGGAGCCUGAUCUUGGAAUCCCACUGGAUCUGCUUGACCUAAGCGUAUACAAUCCUCCCAAAAUCAAACCACCUCUUGCCCCUGAGGACGAGGAACUAUUGCGCGAUGAUGAUGCCAUUACAUUUAUUAAGAGAGAUGGCAUUAGGAAGAAAGACAGGCCGACCGAUAAAGGUGUUUCUUGGCUCGUAAAAACACAGUAUAUUUCUUCCAUCAGUGCGGAAUCCGCAAGACAGUCUCUAACUGAGAAACAAGCCAAGGAACUGCGAGAGAUGAAGGGAGGAUUCAACAUCUUGGAAAAUCUUAACAAUAGGGAGAGGCAAAUCAAGGAAAUCGAAGCAUCCUUUGAGGCCUGCAAAUCUCGGCCUGUUCAUGCUACAAACAAAAACUUGCACCCAGUUGAAGUUAUGCCUCUGUUGCCGUAUUUUGAUAGGUAUGAGGAGCAAUUUGUUGUAGCAAAUUUUGAUAGUGCUCCUACUGCUGAUUCUGAAUUCUUUGGCAAGUUGGAUCCAUCACUUCGUGAUGCCUAUGAGUCACGGGCUCUUCUGAAAAGUUACGCGGUGUCUGGAUCAGACCCUGCAAAUCCAGAAAAAUUUCUGGCUUACAUGGUUCCUUCCUUGGAUGAGUUGUCCAAGGACACGCACGAUGAAAAUGAAGAAAUCUCGUAUUCUUGGGUCCGGGAAUACCACUGGGACGUUCGAGGUGAUGAUGCAGAUGAUCCCACCACAUAUCUUGUGUCGUUUGAUGACAGGGUGGCUCGGUAUCUGCCCCUUCCCACAAAGCUGAACUUGAGAAAAAAGAGGGCCCGAGAAGGAAGAUCUUCGGAUGAGAUUGAGCAUUUUCCGGUACCUUCAAGGGUGACGGUAAGGCGAAGAUCUAACGUGUCGGUCAUAGAGCAUAAAGAUUCCGAGGGUUACUCAAACUCUAGGGUUGGUGGUUCGAGCUCCAAGAUGAGAAGGUUCGAGGAGGAAGGCAUUGGUCGAUCAUGGAAACAGCACAAUGAUGCCAAUGAAUACAGUGGAGGUGAAGAAGACGAGUUCUCCGAAUGAGUUGAGUGUAUGUAAAGAAUCUGAUAUAUAUUCUUUUCCAUCAUCUUCUUGUUUGUUUUAUUAGUUAUGUUGAAGAUCCCGAACCCUCCUUUCCCCAACUCAUUUUGAUAAAUAUGGAAACUUUUCAUUA